CGAGAUUUCUAAGCUCUUCAGACACCCUUUCUGAAAUCACGAAGUCUUGACGGGUGACAUUGAUCAUACAUUGAGUCGUCCAAGAUUUUAGUUGUGGCUUUGUCCGAUAUCGCUACCAUAAAGUUUUGUCUCGAACAAAACAAAUCGAUUUCUCUUUGAAAUUUCUCAUUUCUCCAUACAAUCUAAAAUCUAUGAAUUCUAUCUUCAAUGGAUAUCCCCAUCGCUGCCAAUGUUCUCGGAACAUUAGGCGCAAUCUGUUGGUCCAUCCAACUCAUACCCCAGAUAAUCAUAAAUUAUAAGCGACACCACACAAUCGGGCUCCAACGCUCUAUGAUGCUACUGUGGGCUUGUGCUGGCGUACCUUUAGGGGCAUUUAAUAUCGCAUCUGGAUUCAAUGUUGCGCUGUUAGUGCAGCCGCAGAUAUUGACUGUUUUGAGUUUGGUUACUUGGGGACAGUGCUUGUAUUAUAGUGAAGGUUGGGGUUUGAAGAAAUGUGUUUUGGUUACGGGAGGUCUUGGGAUGGUGUUUGGAGGUAUUGAAGUAGCAUUUGUUGCGGGGUUGAAGGCCGGUCAACGUAGAGAUCUCGAAUGGCCCGUCAUAUUGAUGGGUGUAAUGUCAGCUGUUCUAUUGUCUGCUGGGGUAUUGAGACACUACUAUGAUAUCUAUGUUCAUCGUACUGUCCGUGGUAUCUCAUUCAUCUUUGUAGGUAUUGAUGCUGCUGGAGAUGUAUUUUCUCUAGUUUCUGUUUUCUUUCAACCACAUCUUGAUAUACUUGGGAUAGUAAUUUACGCCUCGGAGUUUAUUCUUUGGUGUGGAGUAUUUGCUUGUGGUGGAUACUUCAACCUUCUACCUUGGAUCAAAAGAAGGAUUCAAAAGAGAAGCGAGAAUGAAGGGGGAAAUAGAAAUGGAACUGAGAAUGUGAUAGCUGUUGAAGAGGGAAUUUCACAUGAUAUUGAGAUGGAAAGAAUGAAUUCAGUUGGUUCAAGGACAGUUUUCAGAACUCCUGCGUCAAUAAAUAGUGUAGAUAGAGUAGAUCUGUAA